AGCUUGCUCAAAGAGUUACAGAUGCUCUUGCUAAUGUCAGCAAGCAGAAGCUGUUAAAUGUCAAACACAAAUUUUCACUGCUGGAUAAGGACCACUCUGGGCGGAUCACUACAGAAGAACUUCGACAAGUGUUCCUCAAUUACCAGAUAUUCAUUCUUGGGCCUACGUUGAUGGCGCUUGUUAAGAAGUUUGAAGUUGAUGGCGGAGGAGUACUUCAUGAACCUCUGGCCACAUUUUUGCUAGAUUGCCAUUCAUCUACAGUACCGGGAUUGCAGGAUAAACGGAAAUUAAGUGCCGCUGGUUUGUCUAAUCCUGUGCGAGUACAUACUGGUCAGUCUGGUGUUCAGGGUGAUGCUGAGCUGUUGUUGGAGGUUGAAAAUCAGUUAAUCAAGGAUGGAGGAAACUGGGAUUACAGUGAAUUGAAAACAUCAUUUCAGCAUUGUGACAGAGGAAGAACUGGUUUCAUAGGAAACAAAGAGUUGAAAAUGCUGUGUAAACAUCACAAUCUUCCUCUCAGCCGAUCACUCUUGGAAAAGCUGCUUGGCAGGUUUGAUACUGAUGGAGAUGGAUGGGUAAACUGGAGAGAUUUUUCAAGAUUCAUUGAAAAAGCUAUGUCUGUAGUUGCUCUUGGGAAUUCUUUGAGAUCAGAAGAGAAGGCUGCAGCAUCAAAUAGAAACUACAGCAGAACUGGUGCAGCUGUCAAAAAACACCACAGCAACUUGACAGCGAGCACAGAAACACAGACCAGCUCAGAUGGCAAUAAAUAUGCCUCUUUAAGAAGACAGUCACUAAAACACAGUGAAAGUGAUUUUCAAAAGUCAGUAUGGCCAGAGGAUAAAGAGCCUGACCCAGUGAAGCUCACGCUACGAGGCCGUAAUAUAUAUUUGUACCCACCUGAUGGGUACCUUGAUAUGGACACAUCACCCCACCCCCCUGAGGAAAAACUGCAGUUGGAGUGGGUGUAUGGUUACCGCGGACGAGACUGUCGUAAUAAUCUCUAUGUGCUUAGUUCAGGGGAGCUCAUUUACUUCACGGCUGCAGUGGUCGUGUUAUAUGACGUGGCAAGUCACAAACAGCGCCAUUACACUGAACACACAGAUGACAUAAAGAGUUUGUGUGUUCACCCCGAUGGUGUUACAGUAGCGUCAGGACAAGUCAAGGGGCACGGAAAUGAUGCAAAGCCACAUAUUAGAGUGUGGAAUUCCAGCUCUUUAGAGACCAUUUGUGUGAUUGGUGUGGAUUAUUUUGAAGAUGCAGUCUUCGCGCUGGCGUUCUCUAACAAGAGAAGCCAGGGAGAAUAUCUUGCAUCAGUUGAGGACAAUGAAUAUCACACCGUGACAGUGUGGGACUGGGCACGAAAGAAAAAAAUCACCUCGGCCAGGGGUAACAUGAAUCAAGUUUUGGCGGUGAGCUUCUCGCCGUUCGAUAGCCGUCAGUUCGUCACGUGCGGUAAACAACAUCAAGUGACAUUUUGGGAAUUAGAAGAUAACAAACUCAAGCAGUCAAGGGGAAGAAUGAGUAAAAACCACAGACCGAAGUAUGUGUCGUGCAUCGCAUUCUCUUCAAAUGGCGAUGUAAUCACUGGGGAUACUGAUGGCGCCAUAUGUGUUUGGCCAGAAGAAUCCAAUCAAGUUGCUGAAGAGCUUGGGGUUAGGAACGCUCAUGCAGGCUCAGUCUACGCUCUUCUUGUUCUACCAAACGGUGCGAUACUCUCAGGGGGAGGUGGUGAGUCAACAGUGAGAGCCUGGAGUAGAGGACCGAAGUUAGUUCCCACAAACGUCGAGCUAAAGAUGCCGAGGGAUGUGAGUGGAGUGCGAUCUCUAGCUUUAGGGACUGUAGAUCAUCAGCAGCUUUAUAUUGGUACAGUCGAUAACAACAUCUGGUGUACAUCACUUAACGCGGGCUCAGAGUCGCCUCUCGUGGGGGCUGGUGCCAAGCUUGUCAAGAUUAUGGAGGGUCAUUGUCAAGAUCUAAGAGGACUUGCAGCUCAUCCCAGUACUCCCGUGUUUGCCACGGCCGGAAAUGAUAAGAUAGUUCGAUUGUGGAAUGCCGCUGACCGACGUGUCGUGUGGACGAAUAAUAAGUUGGCAUCAGCUCUGCAGGCGGCUGCUUUUCAUCCUGAUGGUAGCUCUGUGGCUGUUGGAUUCAAAAAAGGAGGGUGGAUGCUGUUAAAUGCAACGACUGGAGAGGCUAUUCUUGUGCGAAAAUCUGAACCUCCGGAGACAAUAUCAGAAAUUCAAUUCUCCCCAGAUGGAAGUCACAUAGCUCUUGGCUGCCACGACAACGAUGUAUACAUAUAUGAACUACAAAAUGGAGGAAAGUCGGUUUCUCUUAAAGCUCGUUGCAAGGGUCACACGAGUUCUGUGAGUCACUUAGACUGGUCCAAGGAUGGAGAAAAACUUCAAAGCACAUCUAGAGACUACGAAUUACUAUUCUGGAACCCCUUGCAGGGAGAACAGAUAACCCAGGCAGAGAGCAUGCGCAAUACGGAGUGGGCCACACACAAUUGUGUGUUGGGUUACCCUGUUAUUGGAAUCUGGCCAGAUGGAGCAGACGGAACAGAUGUGAACUCUGUGGACCGCGCGAAAGGAAAACAGUUAGUUGCAACGGGUGAUGACUUCGGCAACGUAAAUCUGUACAGAUAUCCCUGUGUCAGUGAAAAGGCCGAGCCCAAAAUUGUGCAGGGUCACAGUGCGCAUGUCAUGAAUGUACGGUUCCUUUCCGAUGACACCCGACUCAUCUCCGUAGGCGGUCGGGAUGCGAGUACCAUGCAAUGGAAAAUCGUGAAUUCCGCGUAAUCAGGAUCGUGGUACCGCGCAAAUCACGGUCAUUUAAGACAAUAAAGCUGCUGUAUAAAGUAUUUUUAAUCAAUUAAUGUCAAAGGGAGUGUGUUAUGACUCACACGAAAUACGUAAAAUUCCCGUUCAUGAAAAAGUAGUAUUCUCCUUUUAAAUCGGCAAUAUGAAAUAUAUUUUGUCUGGGGACUCUUUAGCAAGGUUUUUCGCUGUCUGAUAGUUCACGCAGUCUCAAAUGUAAGGUAUGCCCCAGGGACGGGCGAUCAAGUAGCUGUUCCGGGAAUUCGUUUCUGGAGAACGUUACGCUUCAUUAGAACACUGGGUUCGAGAAGCCUCGUGCUGAGGUCUAUUGUUUUAGGCUGAAUUUUAAUAUAUCGAAAUUGGUCUAUUGGUGGUAUGCUGAGGGAGAAGAUCAUAGAGGCUUGAACUGCUUAUUGCGAGAUAUCGCCCUCAUCAGCCGUUGACAGGAACUAUUGUAGUUUCGGCCGUUAGUGACAGACGAACUAGUGUCUAUUAUUAACAUUUUGCGCCUUCGCAGUACACAGUAUAUCGUACUAAAAUAACAGUGGGGCAAAUGUUAGAGGUAGUUCCUUGCGUGAGAGGCUAUUUUUACGUUUCGUUCAUAAUCCUCUAGCUUGUACUCACACAACAAAACAAUUGUACAGACACACUGGUAUGUCCAGUUUGUAUACAUCCACAAUAAAAUCGUAAUUCAAUGUUCCA